GCCGCGGCGGCGCUCUGAAGGGCCGGCUGGGGGAUAAAUGGCGGGACGCUCGUGUUUGCGAGAUGCUGAGCUUUUUUGUGGGCUCGGCCAGGCUCUGGCCUCUCCACGAGUUCCGUCUCCCUGGUUCCUUUUGCUUUGUUCCCAGGGGCUGGCACCGACGAGGGAAACCCGCUUGUCGGUCUCCGCCUUCCUCUUGCUUUUCCAGCUGUCCGUGUCUCCAACGACAGCCAGGUACGGAGUAGGGCUGGGGCCGGGGAAGAACCGAGGGGCGUGUGAAGGCGUCUUAAAGUUGAUGCAGCUGUUCACUGCGGUUGUAGACCUCAUUAGUUUGACGACAUCCGUACAUCUCUCUUCCGCUCCCGGCUUCGUACGUAUACGGCAUUCACGUCAUGGCAAAGUGACCCUAUAGGUCGGGUGUUUUCAGACUACUCGUCUGGUGUCAAGACCAAAAUCGUUUCGGAGUUGACAGUAGAUUCUGGUCAAUCCCUGGAACACAAAAUUAAGGGACGCUUACUUUGUCCUGCCCUGCGGUAUAUGCCUUUCUGGUACGGCGAUGGGCAGCACCGACAUGAUCCUUGCUACUCCACGGGACUAAUCUAGAAGUAAUCUACUUGGAAACUGUGAGCAGGUGCGGAAAAGGAAUGACGGGAUCUUUUGAGAGUAGAGAGUGUGUAACCUACAUGGGGGGUCGUGAGGGCUUAGGAAAGGCCCUUUGAAGAGGGACACCUAAACGGAGACCUGAAGUAGAUGUUAGCUGGGGGAGAGUAUGCCAGGCGGAGGGGCUCCCAGCAGAGUGGGGAGAGCUGAUAGGAAGAUGGGAAAAAGGACCUUGAACUUGAAUUCUAGGAGGGAGAAGAGUUUUGAGAGAUUUGGUGGGCACCAGGUUGUGGAGGGGGCCUCCUGAGUCAAGUCCAGUAACGUCACCAGUGGUCUGCCUGUUUUUCAUGGUAAGUUAACAGGUUGCAGGUCUCCCUGAUCAACUCCAGGUUGAUGUCAUUAAGGAUUAAAGGUGAAGUAAAACUUAAUGCUUGAGGGAGUUAAAGCAGCAAGGGACGGGAGUUAAAUCUCCAAUGGAUAGUGUCGUUAGUUAAUGUGAUCUAGCACCUAGUAACAGAGGCACUUUUGUAUAUGUCAACAAGUAUAUUUCAUAGAUGAAAUUAUACCUUAAAAUUCCCUGAGGUUGUAAUUUCAUUGGCAGCUGUGUAAAUAGAAUAUGAGAAACCCCAGCCAAUAUGAGUUGAAAUAAUGGCUUAAUGAAGACCAGAACUUGGGGUGAGCUUCAUAAACUGGGACUUAAAAGGAUUGAAAAAUAAUUUUUCUCAUAAUGGGGUUGAUUCUGAAUGGCCAAGAACCUGGUACUUCUGCUAAAACUCAUGUUUUUCCCUUUGCUGAAAAACAGCAGAAUUGAUGAUGCUUCAGUCUUUGCUGCGUGGCCCCAGGAUGGCUUGGCCUUUGAAACCCUGGGGAGCAUGUUUGUUUACUUGCAUUAGUUGUUAAUUAUAAAUCCCAGUGGCUGGAAUUCGGGCAGUCAUUGCUUUCCCUCUAACUAUUCUCAUUCUUGUAGGUGGCAUUGAAACCUGUCAGCUGUGUUUUGAACACCUUGCUCACAAUGGAGUUCCCUGAUUUGGGGAAGCACUGUUCAGAAAAAACUUGCAAGCAGCUAGAUUUUCUACCAAUAACAUGUGAUGCAUGUAAACAGGAUUUCUGUAAGGAUCACUUUACAUUUGCUGCACAUGGGUGUCCCUUUGCGUUCAAGAAGGAUGUUCAGGUCCCAGUGUGCCCACUCUGUAACAGUCCUGUCCCAGUGAAGAAGGGGGAGCUUCCUGACGUGGUGGUUGGCGAACACAUGGACCGGGACUGCAAGUACAAUCCUGGGAGGAGUCACGAGAAGAUUUUUACAUACCGGUGCUCAAAAGAAGGAUGCAAGAGAAAAGAGAUGCUGCAGGUGGUCUGUGACGAAUGUCACAGUAACUUCUGCAUCCGACACAGACACCCUCUGGACCACAGCUGCAAGCAGGGAGGCUGCCCUCCCAGGAGAGCUGGGUGUUCAGCUGCAGGAGUUCCUGAGUCCAAGCCCUCGGGAGCACUGAACACCUUCUCUCCCAGGUGGCUGGCGCAGCGACUCAGGUGGAAAGUAAGGCAAUGACACCGACGACCUGUUCCUGAGCUGGCACAUUAACUUACUGUACGCUAUUGUAACUCUGUGAGGUAACUUUCACGCUCUAGUACCUCCAUCCUUCUCAUGUCAAACAGUCUGAAAAACUUGAUAAAACUAUUCCAAUAAAAUAUCUUGUCAAAAGAGUUUGUAUAAACAAUCAGAAGGUAUCAAGUGCUAUUCUAAGGUGGGCUAACCUCAUAUAACAACCUCCCCCCACCCCCCGCAAAAAAAAAAAUAAAAUAAAGCAGCUUAAAGAACAAAGGACCUGCCAGAUGGGAGGGUGGUUCUGUUGUGGGCCAAAUCAGUCAGGGUUCCUGCCUGGUUGUGGCUCUGUCUUCAGUACGUGGUUCUAUAGUGGUUGUGGUCAUCUGAGCUCAGGGAAGGACGGAGUGUGGCGCCUGCUUCUUAAGGUCUUGGUCCGGAAGUGACCCACCAUUCUUCCACUUAGUUCCACUGAAGAGAAUGUAGUCAUGUGACUGAGGGAGGCCGGAAGUUCUAUUCUUUUGAAAGAAGGGGGUGUGUAUCUCUACCAUGGCUGACUUCUUUUUAAAAUGGCACCAUUGUCAACAAGCUAGCUUGCAUAAUGGCUUAUUUGUUCCUGCAUAUAAUCUCAACUCCAGGAGAAAAGUCACCAGAUUCAAGCUGUUAAAAAUGAAGCUCUGCCUGCCAUAGCAGGGAGGGGGCUUCUUGAAUACUGGAGGUUGGGGGGUGGGGUACACAGGCAUGUACUCCAUAUCCUGUCACCUGAACCAUGAACAGUACACACAUGGUGCCCUGGCACUGUUUCUGCCCCAGCUGUGACUUCACGGAGUGACAAAGACCAUCCAUAAGCCCUGACAGUGUGACUGUUGGUGUUGGAUUUGAACUGACAGGCUCUAAUCCGGGUCUGAGGGGGCUCGUUUCCUUGGCUCCCGGGUGUCAGGAGGUACAGUGAGACAAAGUGGUCCAGCUGUGUACCUUCCACACAUUCCACAGGGCCAGUUUACUACAUCUGGAUCAACAAAUCAAGCAACUGCUUUUUUUUAUGGUUUCUCAUUCUCAAAGAAAUGGGGGUGGGGUGGGAGGGUGUUUCAGUUUCCAUUCCAUAAAUAGGUUAUCAAUACUGUUUCUGCCUGGUGUCUUGUUCAGUGGUAUUUGUUCUAGACCAGUAGUUCUCAAUGUGAGCAUGCAUCAGAAUCACCUGGAGGGCUUGCUGGGCCCACCCGCGGCAUUUUAAUUCUGUCGGUCUGGGUGGGGUGAGGAUUUGCACAAGUAUCCAGGUCAUGCUGAUGCUGCAGGUCAGGGAACCACACUUGGCCAAAUGACUUCUGCCUCGGUGUGGUCCAGUAUCGCAGCCACCAGCCACAUGUGCUGUGGAGCACAGGAGAUGUACCUAGUGCAAUUGGGGAACUGCAUUUUAAAUUUUACGUAAGUCAGCAGAAUUUUAAAAGCGAUAUGUGACUCAUUUGCUAGAAAACUUACAUUUAGAACUGAGUGUGUGAUUCUGUUUUUUCAACUGUAAAUUUUAUGAAAUCUAAAUGCACAUUAGGAGUUUCUAAUGAAAAUUUAAUGUCCAAAUUAAGCAUUUGCAACACACUGGACUUGGAAGACUUAAUGCAGUAGAAAAGAAUUAAAAUAUCUCAUAUAAAAAUACUGUUUACAUGUUGAAAUGAUAAUAUUUUAGAUAAUGGUAUAAAUAAAAAUUAAAAUUUCACUUUUACUGUGGCUCCUAGGAAAUUUAAAAUUAGAUAAAAUUCACUAUAUUUCUGUCAAAAACUACAGUGCCACUCUAGAUCAUCCAAAGCCCAAGGACAACAUUAAAUAUCCAUAUUUUAUCACAAAGAACAACUAACAAUUUACUAGUCCUUUUUUUUUUUGUCUUCAGAUUUGAUCGGAAUAUUUAAGUGUAGUGCUUAAGAGCUUUCUGAAAAGCUCAAGUUCGUAUUUUUCUUUACAAAUACUAUGUUAAUGGUAAGAGAUCAAAUAGCUCACAAGUGUGUGCGUUUGAAAAGUGAAAGUUCCCUGUUCCUUAGUGGUACUCCCCAGAAGUCUAAAACAGUCACUAUUUACAGUGUCUUUUGCAUCCAGAACUUUCUGUUCGGUCACAAGUAUGUAUCUUUAAAAAUAUAAACAUCCUACGUCACCUACUGUGUUAUCUGAUUUUUCUUAUCUUACUGUGUCAUAAGCCUCUUUCCGUGCUAGCACGAGUAGUUCUCAUCCUUAGCACACUGGGUGUACCCUGACUUUUUGGCCGGUCUGCUGUUGAUGUGCACUGCAUUGAAGGGGAUGUAUAUAUUUUAAGUUUUGAUAGAAGGUGCCAAGCUUUGUCCAAAAAGUCAUCCCUGUUCACUGUCCAUCAUUUCCUGACACCAUCACCAACUUAGCAUAACUUUUGGUCUCUGCCAAGGGUUGGAAGGGGUUCACCUUCCUGAGCUACUGGGAUGCUUCAGUGGAAGUGUUUGACAAGCACUAGGUGGUAGAAGGGGCUUUGGAGUUGGAAAGCUUGGAAUUGGGUCAGGCCUUGGCCAUUUCAUGAGGCUUGAGCAAACUGUGAGUCAGAAUCGACGGCAAUGGGUUUGGGGCUUUUUUUUUUUUCCCCCGAGUAAACCAACAUGUUGGUUGUUGUUUCUUUAUAAAGAGUGGCAGGCAGGCAGUGAGCCUGGAAGGCACUUUAUUUAACAGAUGCCAUAAACCAAACCAGCUGCUGUGCAGUUGACUCUGACUCACGGCACCCCGAUGUGCGUCAUAGUAAACUGCCUCACUGGGUUUUCAGUGGCUCAUUUGCAGAAGUAGAUCCACCAGGCCUUUCUUCCGAGUCCAUCUUAGUCCGCAGUAAACCAGUAACGAGGGCCACGUGAAGUGGCACCUGCGCCUGCCUCAGUUGCUCCCCUCCUGUUCCUGAAUUAGAACCAACCAGCUGUUAUGGGCGGGACCCAAAGCCAUGUCAGAGCUUGUGGUGCCCCGUGUGCUUCAGUGGCCUGGAAAGCUGCGUUGCUCUUGCCGUUCUGGUGCGUGGGAUGCAGUAUCAGGCGCUGUCACAAGAUGUCACCAGAAGCCCUCUGUCGAAUAUUGACUCAUGAGAAGUCAGGUGCACUACCACAGGAAGAGCAGAUAUUGCCAACCCCUCAGCCCUAACUCAGUUUUUGUAGGUUAGUAAUGCCACUAAAGAAUGGGGAUAUAUUUUCAAAUGUGUUUUUAAUUAACCAUCCAAAUUCAGUUUUGCAGAGAGCCUAAGACCAUACUCAAAAGAUAGGUUCUGAAAUGAGUUCCCUAAACAUCACUGGGUGAAGUGUUUUGUGGUUUUCCAAGUUUUCAACUAGAGUCAGGAUCUCUGACUCUCAGUAGUACUGCAAAUGUUGUGAGAUUGCGUUGUCUUGGGGAACAUGCUGAGGGGGAAACUAGUCUGUCUUCUGUUUGGUCUGGUAUGAACUUUUCCCCAGAAAAAUGUUUAUUUGCUUUAUUUUGCUGAAGUGAUAUUAAAACUUGAAUUCACAGUUUGUUAUAAAGUUGAAUAGAUACCGUAGAAAGAACAAGAAGGACAGGGUUUAGCGGGUGGUAUGAGAUGUUGCAUUAAAGGUGGUGUUUCUUUUGUUUGAGCAUGUUAUCCUUCUUUCUGCCUUUUCAUAGGAAUAUUUGAGGGGAGCUCUACAAAAAACCACAUUUGUAAAAGGCUACACACCCCUGAGCUGUAUUACAAGGUCUUCUCCUUAAAAUGCAUUAAAAGCUAGGGUUUUCUUGCAAUAAAUGCUACAAAAAAUAUCUUUUAAAAAACCAAAGUGGCUCUUUAAUUUUGUAUCAUUUCAAACUGAAACUAAAGCAACUUUUGUAGACAACUCUGCUUUGACAGAAUCUUAAGGGGGUGGGGGGUAAAAAGAGUCCAGUAAGAAGACAGUGUUAAUGCAUCAGUAUUUCUCUUUCCAAGGAGGCUUGGUGGUACAGUGGUUAAGCACUCGGCUGAUAACCAAAAGGUCAGCAGUUUGAGCCCACCAGGCACUCCAUGGGAGAAAGAUGUGGCAGUCUGCUUCUGUAGAGAUUACAGCCUUGGAAACUGUGGGGCAGUUCUGCUCUGUCCUUUAGGGUUGCUGAGUCAGGAUUGACUCCACAGCAGUGAGUCUGGUUUCUCUUUUCUGCUCUGACACAAACAUUCCCUGGAGACCAGGAGUCAUUAGAAAUGUUACUGUAGCAAUGUUCCUAUAGCAAUGUGCAGAGAGCUUACAGAGCUCCAGGGAAAAGGCUAAACCAUCUCCGUUGGUGCAGACAGGUGUGAGCUAUGGAAUCACCGGUGCAAGUGAUCACUGGCCUCUCCUUGGUGAGCGUUUACUUCAUCACCCUUCCAGCUCUGGCCAGUCCUUCUCCUGCUACUUCUGCCUGUCCACCAUAAGACAGUGUGGUAGGCAUGCUUUGACUGUUUGGUCCACUAAAGUCAAAGUCCACCUUCCCUCUACUCCACCCAAGUUACACACCCCAUUCUGAUGGGGGAGGGUGAGUCUUGGAAGCUUUGUCUAAAGCACUGUCUCCCCGCUCCAUCUCUGUGACUCCAUCUGUUACCAUGGGUUUAAAUCUGAUAUAUGGUAAUGACUCCCAAACUCUAUUUCUAGCCUAGGCCUCUCCCACUGAAGUCUAGAGUUGCAUAUCCACCAUAUGCAUGUCACUGUAUCAGGUGGUAGAAACCCUACCAGUCUUGUAUUCUGGGAGGUACCAAGAAGCACUGUUGCCUGAAUGCUUUGAUACAAAAUAAGAUACAUUGUGUACUGGAAUCUAGUAUAGGAAAGCAGUAUGAAGCAUCGGGUUUAAGAUGAAGUUUGUAGGAAGAAAGACAAGUGGAGAAAAUUGGGUCACUUUGAUUUUUGCUGUACAUAAAGAAAAACCAGCUUUAUUCAAUCCCAGGGCCAGAGAGCCUUGGGAGCUGAUCAGGGGUAUUUUGCAAGAGUUGGGCUUGAGCAGCAGUAGUUCAAGUUCUUGUGAAAAACUGCUGGUAAUAUGGCAGACCCACCAUGUUUCCUGAUUGAAACUCCAGGCUAUAGCAGGAUCAUUUGUGAUUUGAUUUUUAUAGUUCUCAAAAGAGUAGUAAGGUCUGUUUAAAUACACAUUUGCUUAUAAAAGCAUAAACUCCAUCAAGGUAAAGAAAACCAGAAUGGUGCCGUUAUAUAUAAAACUGUUUCUUACGUAUCCAAAAGGACUAUUUUGUGAUAAUUGAUAGAAAUAUAGCAAAAAAAUUUUUUUGCUUGAUCUCCUGUUCUGAAUCUCAUAAGUUUUUUCUAUAGCCACAUUAUUAUAUGGUUUAUGGUUAUGAAGACAGGUACCAGACUUCAACCUGGCAAAUAUAAAGACUUCAGGGUCAUUAUGGAAACCUUGCAGGAAUUUGAAUAAUUCUCGAGACUUGAAACAAAACGGGUAUUAGCAUGAUCUCAUCCACAUGUCACAAAGAUCAUUCUGGUGUUUGUGUGAGGUAGAGGAUGGCUUAGAGGGGCAAAAGUGGAAGCAGGGAGACCACAAACUCUGGGUGAGAGAUUAUGGGGCCUGGGCCCCCAUAGAUGGGUGGCGGAGGGCAGAGACAGUAGUGAAUUCAUUUGAGAUCUUUGUUGUGAAAUGAGCAGUACGUGCAGGGCACAGAGAGGAAUAGGGUGAUGCCUAGCUUUUCUUGGUGUCACUUACCGGGACAGGGAGGAAGGAGGGGGACAUGAUGAGGAAAGAACAGGCUUGGAAGGAAAAGCCAGGAGUUUAAUUUUGAACAUGCUUAUUUGGGAUGUUUACCAGAUUAUGAUGUAGAGAUGUCAAGGAGGGAAGUGGAUAUGCAAGUCUACAGUUCAGUGGGAGAGGUCUAGGCUAGAACUAGGAUUUAGGAGUUAUUAGCAUGUAGUGGGUUUAAGCCAUGUUGGCAGAUGGAAUCACAGAGAGGGGGAGACAAGGCCUAUGGGAGAAAGAGAGGGAGAAAAGGAGAAGAAAAAGAAGUAUAGAAGUAGUAGUAUUGGACCCAAGACAGCUAGCGCUAACGAAUAUGGACAUUGAGAAUAAAGGAAAAUUACAGUAUAGCAUCUCAGACAGCAAGAAAGUAGCGUUCAGUAAAAUAGGAAGUGAGUGAUACUUAAAAUAAUAAAUGUACACAUAUCUCCUCAAACAAUAAAAUAAUUUAGUUAGGUGUUGUUGUGUGCCAUCAAGUUGAUUUCAACUCAUAGUGUGACCCUAUAUGACAGAGGAGAACUGCCCCACAGGGUUUCCAAAGAGUGGCUGGUGGUUUUGAACUGCUGACCUUUUGAUUAGCAGCCGAGCUCUUAACUGCUGUGCCAUCAGGAACCCUCAUAAACUACCAGAGAGUCAAAAAUGUUCCAAGGAGGGAUCUUUACGCUUCAGCUUAUCUCUGUGAGGCAGACAGCCUCGGAGCUCAACCCUGCUCUGGUUUAUCUUCCUGCAAUGAACAGACUAUGUUGCACGUUCUUCUGAAAUUGUUCUCAACAAGAUAACCACAGAACAGCUGUAGUGGGCCUCAGCCAUUGUAGCAGGUUUUCUACACCAUCUUAACUUCAAGUGACCUAUCAGCUCAUUGAGUGAAAAAUACAUAUAAGCUCCCCACCUCUGGGGUGGAGACUUAACAUGCUAAUGAAAAAAACAAUUUCCUCCUCCAUCCCAGGGGAUCAAACCCUUGUCUAGAAAAAAUGCAUAGUCAUCCCCAAACCCUCCGCACCUGUAUGAAGGUCAGUCCUAAAUAUUCAUGAUGACUUUGCAUUUCCUUGUCUGCUUGCUGUAAAAGCCCACACUGCCUCAAGCUGCCUGCAAGCAGCCCUGAUUGCUCCUUUUUUGCGCAACAAAAAAAGGCACAUUUCUUCUCUCACCUCGGCCUCUUGUUUAUUGGCUUUAACAAGUCAUGCGGUAGAACUUGGGGUUUCUACCUGGGAGCAUUUCUGGUGAGCCAUAGCUUGGUUCCUUAGACGGGCUGUGUCGGGGACCCCACCUGAUGUCUGGUGCCACCCAGAGAGUUCUCCAGGAGACCUCAGGGCAUUCCUAAAGACCAACGCGCCUCAGACCCAAUACUGACUCUGUGGGAGACAAGAAACACACCUGGGGUUAUUUGGUAAGUACCUAGGUAAGGUCUUAGAAUUCUGAGUCCCAAGAAGCGAAAGUAUUGACUGUUGAGGGUGUAAAAGGCUCUAGGUACCUGUUGGUGCACCAAAUUAGGUUGUGUGAAUGUGUAAGUGUGUGUGUAUCCAGAAAAUGAAUGUUCAAGAAAUCCUGGAAGAUGCAUCUUUAAAAACUGGGAAUAUUUUCGGUCAGACUCUAUGAAAAAGAUGAUUUUCUUUUGUAACACCACAUGACCUCAAUAUAAAUUGGCAGAUGAGGAAAAGUAGCAGCAAAUUGGUCUCUAAAUUAUACUAUCCUCCAACUUGAUCUUUUCUGUACUUGAGAGGGUAAAUGAGAUGAAAAGUGUUAUGUAAAAGCUUUCAUGACUCUGUAUCAGCACAAAGAGUUACAGAAAAAUGUAAAAUCUUCGUUCAGAAAGGGACUGAUAAAGUACAACUGCCAGUCCUCCCUCCUGACCCUGAGGAGCGUCUUCCAGCUCCUGCUGCUUCAGCACCCACACCACCCCCUCCCUAUGCUCUGCUUCCAUCCAACAGAGCUGCUGUGCCAGCGACAGCCCCCACUGUUAAGCCUCCUCAAUCUUUGUAUCCACCCCUCCUGGGUCCUUCUGUCCCAGUGGUGGGCUCAUCCCCCCCCCCACACAUACGGAACGGAAUGACUUGGGCACCCUGAUUGAGCUAUUAGAGAAAGUGAAAAUAACCUGGGAAAGACUGGUUCUCAAGAGAGCCAUAGUAUCUUAAGACCACGUUCACAAGUUCACUGAUCUGGAUCCCAAGAGCCCUAAAAAUGCCUGAAUGGUCAAUAUAAUUUUUAUAGGACAAAGUGCUCCCCAAUGUUAAUAGAAAGCUUGAGAAAUAUAGGGUUAAAAAUCUCUCGGCUAGUGGAACUGGCCUGCCAAGUUUACUCUGACAUAAGGAGCAAGAAAGAAGAAAGUUGCAGACCAAAAGCGCCAGGCAGCCUUCCUAGCUCCUGCCUUACAGGCUGAAGGCCAGCCCUCAAGAAAACAAAGAGACCAAGGCCAAAGAGCCUAGAAGGCCCCACACCCCUUUGGAAAGAGACCAGUACAGCUGGUGUAAAGAGAAAGGAUAUUGAAAGUGAGAGUGCAAAAUACCAAGCAAAAAAACUAAAGAAGUGACCCAGUGCCCAGUCGUGCCACUAGAAGAUAAUUCAGACUGAGGGAACCAAAGAAGUCUUCUACUCGAGCCUCUGGUUAUAAUGACGGUGGAAGGAGAACCUGUAAAGUUUCUGGUCGGUACUAGAGCAACUCACUUCUGACUUGCCUCCCUCCCUCCCCCCGCCCCACCUAAAGCAAAAGCUACCUGGACAAGGUGGACAGUGUCUGUUGUGGGAACAUCAGGAAAAGAAGAGCACCCUCCCUUCCUACAACCUCUAACUUGUUCUAUACAAAAAAAAAAUCUCAAACACAGUCCUUUAUGAAAAAUGAGUGGCAGUUACAAGUGGCCCUCACUACCAGGCCACCAGCUAUGAGGAAGAAGAACAUUAACAAAGGUUAGUUGAUCCAGAUAUCAGAGAUGCAGUAGUGCCAUAGGUGUGAGCCAACAAAAUACCGGGGAGAACAAAAAACAUCCCUCCCCCAUUGUCAUUACAUUGUUACCUGGUAUAGUUCCCCCAGAGCUUAAGCAGUAUCCCAUCCGAGCUGAAGCCUUGACAGACUGGGCAAAAUCAUCACCAGAUACCUGAAAGAUGGACUACUCAGACUGUGCCAGUCACAGUUCAAUGUCACCAUCCUGCUAAUGAAGAAGAAAAAUAGAAAACACUGGUUCGUUCAAGAUCUUCGAGCUGUCAACAAGGCAACACAGUCCACCCUAUAGUCCCCAGCCCAUAUACCCUGCUGUUGGCCUUGUCGUCCACCUUUUUCAGGUUCACUGUGCUAGACCUGAAAGAUGUCUUCUUUUGCAUCUGAGGAAAAAAGUAAAAAAAAAUCUUUGCCUUCAAGUGGGAAUACCCAAGAACAGGACAAACAGCAGUUGUGUUGGCAAGUCCUUCCACAGUACUUUAAAAACAGUCCUACUCUUUUUGGAUCAGCUUUAUCCCAAGAACUGAGACAACUGACCUUAACCAAUGGUGUCCUCCUCCAAUAUGUGGAGACCUACUCAUCACCAGUCACAGACUUGAACUGUUUACCGAUGGAAGCAGUUACAUGAAACGAGGAAAAAGAAAAGCUGGAUAUGUGGUGGUCACUUUAGAAGAGGUUCUAGAGGCUAACGUGCUUCCCCCAGGUACUUUCUCCCAGAAGGCUGAGCUCAUUGCGAUGCUGCAGGCCUUUAGAAUCAUCAAAGGUAAGCGAUCAACUAUUUAUAUUAAUUCUAAGUAUAUAUUUGGGGUAGUUCAUGCACAUGGGGCAAUCUGAAAGGAAAGAGGGCUCCUGAGAACAGAAGGUAAGGAUAUUAAAUAUUCUCAAGAGAUCUUACGAGUUUUACAAGCCAUCUCAUACCCACCCAAGUAACAGUAGUACAUUGCAAAGAUCAUCAGAAAGGGACACCACAGUGGCCAAGGGUAAUUACAAAAAAGAUGCAGCAACAAAGAAAGAUGCAAUCCAACAGAAACCUAUUGUAGUAGCCGCACUAAUUCCCCAUUUAGAGUUACCACCACCUGACCUCCACCUGGACUCUUCCCAACACGACAAAGACAUUGCCAAGACCUGGGGGGCCACUUUAAACAAAGAUGAGUGGCUGUACACCCCCCAUGUAAAGAUUUUCAUUCCGUCAAAACUCAUGCUCACCAGUCUACCCAUUAUGGAUGCAAUGGACUAUAUGAUUGGAUUAAGAGACAUUUAAUUGGGCCAGAGGUCCAUGCCACUAUCUCAGUAGUGGUAAAGAGCUGCCCCACCUGCAUAAAAAAUAAUCCCAAGAACACUGCUGAAGUGCCCCCAGGGGUCCAGCGAACUGGGGCAAUGCCUAGAGACUACUGACAAGACUGAAAAGGCCACCAAGGUUGUGAAGAACCUCCUGAAUGAAAUCAUCCCUCAGUUUGGGCUUCCUGUCUCCAUUGGCAGUGACAUCAGGCCCCAUUUUAUGAACUUGGUAGGUAGAGUCAGUGGCAACUGCCCCGAACAUUAAUUGGAUUUUACAGCCUGGAGACCCCAGUCUAGUGGUAAAGUGACAUAACCAGACUCUAAAGAGACACCAGCAAACCUGUGCUAAGAGAUCAAGUUGGUGUAGACAAAGGCACUACCUACGGCUCUCUUGAGAGUUUGAUCCACCCCUAGAGGCAAACUGAAACUUAGCCCAUUUGAACUAUUACACCGGCGCCCUUUAUUAGAGAACCCCAAUAUGACCAACAUAGCCUGCUUUAAUAAUGACCAACCUCCCUCCCUCCACAAGGUUAAAGAUGUUCAAGUUACUAAAUACCUGCAGUCUCUUUGGGUGACUCCGUCUUCUUUCCCCAAGUAUGCGCACCUGAGAAUCCCACCUGAACCAAAAGUAUCCCUGCCCCUUUUCCAGCCUGGUGAUUAGGUCUCCUAAAAGCCUGAAAGUCAGAGCCUCUCCAGCAAAAGUGGACCAGUCCUUUUGAGGUGUUACUAGCAGCUCUGACCUCCAUCAAGCUCAGCAGUCUCAAAGUUUAGCUCCACUGCAUCCUAGUAAAGAAAACUGUUCCAUCAGACAUAGAAGGACAAACUCGUCAGAACUGUGAGAACUGGACUUGAAAACCUAUUUAAGUACUUGUUUACAAAACGCCCUCCUGCAUAGAUCCAAUCCCAAAAUAACUCUUAAUCUUGUUCAUUGUACUAUAUACACUGCCUUUUUGUUUCUUUAUGCUGUGUUUAAACAAGUCAGAUUGAUGAGAGGCUGAGAGCCCUCUAGCCACCAUAAAAACAAAAACCAAACCCACUGCUGUGGAGUCAAUUCCGACUCAUAGCGACCCUAUAGGACAGAGUAGAACCGCCCCAUAGAGUUUCCAAGGAGUGCCUGGUGGAUUUGAACCGGCAUCCUUUUGGUUAGCAGCUGUAGCUCUUAACCAGUAUGCCACCAGGGUUUCCUAGCCACCAUAAGAAAUAGUCAUGAUUGUUGCUAUCCUUCUCCAAGAGAUUCUCAUAGCCCAAGCUAAGUGGUAAAACAAUCAAUUCAUUCAACUUUCCAACUCUGCUUCCUGGGGAGAUAAUCUGAGGAAUUGUUAGAUCUGUCAUCCAUUCCCUACUUCCUCUGCUAAUUUAAAAGUUCCCUAGAAAAGCCCUAUUCCCUUAUAGGACACAACAGACUUGGUUCACAAUUGCCCAGUAGUUUAAAAUGGGCAUUGGUCGUAAGUGACCAACACUCAAAGAAAAGGAAGGAAUGAGGCAGACAGCCUCAGAGCUCAACACUUCUAAUACCUGCUCUGGCUUAUCCUACAAUGAACAGAAUAGACUGCACACUCUCCUGAAAUUGUCCUUGACAAGAUAACCACCUCUAGUGGGCCUCAACCAGUUUUAGCAAGUUUUUUUCUUAGACUUCAAGUGACCUAUGAGCUCAUUAAGUGAAAAAUAUAUACAAGUACCCCACCUCUGGGUGAAGAGUUAACAUACUAAUGAAAAAAAAAAAAAACAAACAAAAAACCAAUUUCUUCCUCCACCCCAGGGGAUUGAA